AUGGACAACACUUUCAUCCAAAAUGGCGAAGCAAAGCCAUCUCAUGAGAACAAGGAAAGCGCAAUGCAGGGUCUUACUACGAUUCCCACAUCAGUGACCCUGUCUGCUGAACAAUUCGAAAGAUUAUACUUGACUCCGAUGACGCGGCAUCAACCUGCACUAGUCAAACAAGUGGGAAAUCCGACGCCCUUGAUAUUUUCAAUUGCUAAUUUGACCUCUUGUUCUGUUUGGCAGGGCAUUGGGAGGAUUCGUUAUUACCACGACUCCCCUUUCAUGUUGUUUGAUGGCUUGGAGAGGGGCAAGUGGAAAUGGAGUUGCCUUCGUGUAAGUGAACAGAGCAAAUAUCACUGA